GGGGGGAGAAAGCUCGGCGCGAGCAAAAAAGGAAGUAUCGAGAAGAGCAGGCUGAACGGUGCGCUGUGUGCGUAUGUAUGUAUAUGGCAAGAGCAGGUAAGACAGGCGCCGUACCCCUCGGGACGUUGGCCGGUCACAGCUCGUUGCACCGGUAGGGUAGGGAUACGAGCGGGGGAUACGAGCGGGGUCGGGGGGAGUACACAUUCAAUAUCAGGAUGUCAGGAAGCCAGGACUCCGGGGAGCGGGGUUAUUUAUCCCCCCCACAUCCUCCGCACAUCCCCCGCACACCUCCCCUACCCCAGCACCUCCACCACCACCACCAGACCCCACACCCCACCACCCACCACACACCGCCCCCGCCCCCGCCGCAAAUGGAAGCCCUCCUAAUCAGCAACAUAAAGCCGCUCUCCCCCUCACUCGCAGAAUACCACACGUGGACCGCACGUGUAAAAGACCUGCUCUGCUACCUGGAGCUAUGGCCGAUCCCGCCCUCGCCCGUGCGCUCCGGCCACGGCCCGCACCGGUGGCCGGCAAACGUUGAGGUCCCCGCGCCCGCUGCUGUUUCAAGGGAUCACGGGCUGCCAACAUACUCGGCUGUGGCGGAGGCGGGGCAGGUGGGAGGUGCGGGAGGGGUUAAGGAGCAGGCGGAGAGGGCCGAGAGGAGACGCCUCAAGACCGUCGCGGUUAUUAGAGCAUGUCUGUCGGAUUCGCUAUUUUUGAGCUAUGCGGUCAAGGAGUUUGAUGAUCCGGCAGCGCUGUGGGGGCAGUUGAAGAUUACGGCGGCGGCGAGGGGGUGUUAGGUGCACUGGACGGGCUAUGUGGGUGUGGGCUGUGGGUGUGGGCGGGCGGGUGGAGAUGGGAUUGGUGUUAUACCUGGGAGGGAAGAAGUGGGCGUUCCUGGCGAAUACAUACUG